UCCACCCCUUUAAAAACCGGAAAAACGACGGGUGAGUGUAAACCAAACUAAACGUUGAAAGCUGCAAUAUAUACGCUACCUACAGAAACAAAAAAAGCUCCACCCAUUUUCUCCUACGGUGCUGUUUUGGACCAGAAGCUGGUCAUCAUCAUGGACUGGAAGAAGUGCAGUGUGUGGAUGCUGUUACCAUUAGUUUUUACAGUGUUUACUGGAGUUGGACUAUGGAUAGUGUAUUUCAUAGCUGUGGAAGAUGACAAAAUUUAUCCACUGAAUAUGGCAAAUAGGAAACCAGGCACUAGGCGACCACCUUAUAUUAGUAUUGCAGGUGAUGCACCUCCUGCAAGCUGUGUUUUCAGUCAGGUCAUGAACAUGUCCGCUUUCCUAGUGUUAGUGGUUGCAGUUCUUCGAUUUAUACAGCUGAAGCAAAGAGUUCUAAACCCCUGCAUGAAUAUUAGUGGAUUGAUUGCACAGUGCCUGUCAUCAUUUGGAAUGUCACUUCUUGGAAAUUUUCAGUUUUCCAAUAAUGAAAACAUUCAUAAUGCUGGCACUGCCAUGACAUUUGGGUUUGGUGCCCUUGCUUGCUGGAUUCAUUCUGCAAUGACCAUUCGGCUGAAUGUGAAAAAUGAGGGAAGAAAAGCUGGAAUUCCACGAGUUAUACUUUCUACAGCCAUAACUCUCUCUGUUAUUAUUUAUUUUAUUUUGAUGCUACAGGGACUCCACAUGCAUGCAGCAAGGACUCAGUGGACUGCAGUCAUGUUUUUUCUUGCCUUUUUUGGAACAUUUGCAGUUGAAUUUCGUCACUAUCGGUUUGAAAUUACUUGUACAGAUAUCCAAGAGCCCUUUUUGAGUUUUUCUGAGAACUUAUCUGAAGUUUCUGAGUAUCAGACAGAUCAACUGUAACUCUCCACCUGGAAACGUUUGAUAUCAUUCUCCUCCUUCAAUAGAUGGAUGCCACUUCACCUGUUCAGCAGCCAUGCUGCUUGUCCACACAUUUCAAUGUGUGAUUUUGUAAGAAGAAUAAGCAAAGAUGUGAAGAUGUUCUAUGAAAAAUCCGUGAAAAUGUUUCUUGACGACUAAAUGCAGGGGAUUGAACUUCAGUUUAAAAAAUUGUAAAUUUUUUUAAGCUCUUGGUAUUAAGAGCAGACUUUUCUUCUCUUGUUGACUUUAGUAUGUUUGUUUAUUUUUUUAUGGAAAUCAGGUAAGAUACAGUGGACAUAUUCAUCCCAAGUAUGCUACAGGCAUUUUAUGAGCACAGUAGCCACAUAAUAAACAUUUAUUUAACAUGCACAUUCUGGUAAAAAAUACCUGCAACUGAAGUGGAUUACAGAUAACAGGCUCUGAAAUUGGAGGGCACUGUUAAAAUCCAUUCUGUUGAUAACCUCAGACAAAAUGCAUAAGAAUAUUUAAAUGUAAUAACUGUUGCAAGUCACAUCUCUUUAUAGCCAUCUGUCUUACUGUGUGCAAAUUCUGCAUUGAUUGUAUGCAUUUGACUAACAGGCAAAGAAGAAAAUAAAAGUAUAUGAUGCAGAGAGAAGGAGAGGAGAGUCUGGGUUAGAUUAAACGUAGAGCCCGUUAGAGGUGACAACAGCAUAUGACAUGACUGAUGAGCUAACGUUCUUUUUAAUAAUUCAUUGAGGCAUAGAUGGAGACAUUUUAGCUACUCUGAUGCAGUAGACAUGUGUAUAGUCUUUUUUGGCUUCACCUGCAUCUUGAUUAGCCAAAAUGGGCAGGCCUAAAAGUAGAGUCAAGGUCAGUUUGCUUAUCAGCCUGCUGAGACCAGGAGCAUUGUCUGAAGCUAUUUGUCAUCUGAACUAGAUUGUAUUGCUUAUUUAUUUAUUUAAUUUAUUUAUUUACUUACUGAAUUUAACUGGGAAAGUCCACUAGGCCUAGCAAGAGCCCAUUUUCAGUGGAGGCCCGAGGAGAAAAGUUUGAUAACAUCAUUGUAGGGGGUGUGGGAACACCUGCAUUUGCCUAGCUGUACCAUUCAUGAAUAGACAGUUGGGCAUCCCAGUUUUAUCCCUGGAUUGUUGGUAGAAUAAGCUGAGUGGCAUGCCAUGCAAUCUAAUGGUGGCAGUAAUUCAGGAUAAUGAUAUUUUAGGGACUGCUCAGCCCCGCCGCACCUUCUUGUACAAGUCAUGGAUGUGGAGCUACAUAGGAUGAUAAUGAGAAAGCUUUUAGUUUGGAGGGGUACUGUAGACUAUUGCAUCCUUUAUAUGGUGUAGGGUUAGUCUUCUCUGCUCAUUGUGGAUAAAUGGUUUCCUGCAGGCAUUAGAGAGCUGGCUUCACUCAUGCACACUCAGCAUAACAGGCUUGCACUGAGAUUUUCUGCACUUAUUCAUGAAAAUAUGACGAAAAAAUGUAGGGGCAUGCCCUUGUUCCAUAAGGCAGGAUUUAUUCAGGAACGGAGGGUCUGCUUUUUUAGCUUCACAACAGGUGGUGGCUAGAAGUGAUGGCAGAGAUGUGCAGGAUAUUACAAUAUCCAGUUCAAAGCACCCUUAAGGUAUUGGCUGCUUUUGCCAUCUAAGCAAAGAGAGAGAUGAUUUAAGAGGCAAAGUGGCAGACAGCAAUAGACAGAGAACAAGACUCUGAUCAUAUGAAAUGAAAGGACUCCAUCCUAGUUUAUCCCAGAAGCAAUAAAAGUAGACACUGACUUCAGAUAUUUCUGGUCAAUCCCUAGUUCAGAAUACUGCCCUGGUUGAAUACGUUAGGCAGACUGCCAGGAGAGAAAAGACUUGGCAUUUUACCUCUACAGUAGUAUUAUGUUUAUUCAUCAACAAGAACUGGGUGAAGUAAAGGGUCUUCUACUACUACCUAUCUCUACAGUGAAGUAGCUUAAAUCUCUUGGGCAGCUCUCCAGUAAAGAGAAAUGAUAGAAGUACAGCUACAGGUUGAUUACACAGAACUCAAAAAUUCUUUCAUUCAUACAUUUAAGUGAUUAUGAACCUCUAACAACACUAAGAAUAUGCGACCAUCAGUUUGACAUCUGAACUAAAAUGAACAAAUGCUGAUCUGGGAAUCCCUGCAGAGGUCAGGAGGCAGUGAUAACUACCAGUAUUUUAAAAAUGUCCUGUCAUAACAUUAUGUCCUCUUCUGGGUUACAGAGAAAUCGGAUUGGAGCUUAUACUGGCAAGCAUUGAACAUAAGGAAAGACCCAGUCCAUCCCAAGAUGUACACAUACAUGCAUGCAAGCAUACACAUGAAUGUGCUCACAAGUACAAAUUAAUGUACUAGUUUGGAGGAUCACCUCCUUGAAAUGUGGAGACAGAGAGGGCAUGCAUGCAUAAUUCACAUAGAAGGAAUGACAGUCAUGACCCAAAGUGGUGAAGGAGGUACAGUCCUUUGAGCUGGUAGUGGCAUCAGACUCUUUUCCACUCAGGAUCCUACAAAAGACUUAAAAACCAGAAGCCAUAUGGAUGGGUCAUGGAUAAGGACAUUUCUCAUCAUACUACAGCUCCCUUUCUCCUAGAUAAUCCCCUUCUUUAGAGAUGUGGUGUCUUUUUUUGGCAGUGAAGGAACUAAUUGUAAAGGCACACAGAAACAGAGUUUGAAAAUGUUUUGUUGAUGAAGUAAGAAUGGGAAGACAAAAAUGAGAGCCUCUAUAGACAGGCCUUUGGCGCUUAUUCCUCCCCUCUUAUCCAAACAUGCCUACAUGUGUAUGUAUGAAGGACAAAAAGCCCUGGUUCUUCCCACUUGUAGGGCUCAUCAUCAAAGAUUCCAUUUUGGAGCCUGAAUGUAUCCCAACUCAGCUUCUCUGGCUCCCCAGUACAUUUUUACAUGCCCCCUAACUGAAAGGAGUGGAGCAAGUACCAGACCAGGCAUCCAUAUUGUACCCCCUCUUUUAACUUGGUUCCUGUAAAGGACCAAGAAACUACAGCUCUUUGUCAUGUUGCUUUCAGACAUAUUUUGAGGCCCUGGAUGGGUUUGGUAAGAUAAUUUACCCUUUGUGCCUUCAGCUUUUCAUCUCACCUUUUCAAACUCUAGGUCUUCCUAGUGAAUCAAGCACCAGAAAAGCUUUUUUCACUCUGUAACUCUGUGCUAAAGGAAGACAUCAUCUGAGCUGUACAGCUUCAAAAGAAGACUUCCUUGUAAUUUUAGCAUCAUGGGUGUUAUAGCAAAUUCUGCAACCUCAUCCAUUUUAUUUAUUUACUGUUAGUUGACUGAGUAAUUCCAGUAUGUCUAGGGCCUCUCUUCAAGGUAGACCCAAAGUGGUAUUCAUGAUAACUAGGGGAAAUUUUGUCCAGGGCACUGGGGAACUUGCUCUACUCUUGCAUCUUGCAGUUUUGCACCACAACCACUAGGAGGCAACAGAGGGGUGUUGACUUGGUUGUGAGAAAUCUAUGAUGGAGCAGUGUGUGUUUUGGAAGAAGCAGAUUGAGAGGUGUGUGAAACUAUUGAUCUGAAGAAAUUAUUGUAACAGAGUUGGAAGGAGGUGCACUACAAACUAAAAAUUUACUGAAGCUGAUGGAAUAAGUGAACUGGAAAAUGGAGCAGAAGCAAGCUUUAGUGAAGUAGUUGAUAACUUUAUGGAAGCAGAAGAAAUUAGUUUCAACAGGAAAAGUGUGGAUUUUGGAGCUAGAAGAAAUUAGUUUCAACAGGAAAAGUGUGGAUUUUGGAGAUAAAGGAGAAGAAAACAAUGGUGUUUUUUUAUUUAUUUUUUUUGGCAGUGGAGGAACUAAUUUAAAGGUACACCGCAACAGGGUAUGAAAAUAUUUUAUGCUGAUGCUGUAAUAAUGGCAACACAAACAGCUGUGGUAACAGUAAUAAGCAUACAACAACAGACUGUAAGUGAGCAACUUAGAACUAAGGAGCUUGUGGUAAGAAUUAAAACACAGACUGACUUUUGUUUAAAUAGCUAUGAUGUUUUCGACAAUAUGAUUUCGCCUUUAGGAUUUAUAUGAUGUUUUCAACAAUAUGAUUUUGCCUUUAGGAUUUUGUAUAAAAAAAUGUAAGAGCAUUAAUUCAUUUGAGCACUGAGGAAUUUUGUGAAGUGACUUUUGAAACAUUUGGUUUAUUAGAAAAUAUUUAUGUCCCAGGUAGGAAGAAAAGAGGCUGCACCAUGGAUGGAUUAAUAUAUAUAUAUAUAUAUAUAUAUAUAUAUAUAUAUAUAUA